GGGUAAUAGGGUUUUCACUUCACGAUUUCACUCACUCACACUGUUAGUGUCUCUCUCUCUCUCCCUUCUCAUCUCAGUCUCUCUUAGAUUAACUGCGCAAUUUUUGCUCAAUUUCGCUCAAUUUUUGCUCGUCUGCUCGACUGUUGCUAGCUUGUUCGCUUGCUGCUCACAAUCAUUCACUCAGGUAGUAGUCUGAAUUGCAUUUCAAGUUGGAAUUUUUUCACCGUUUGUGGAAAGUUGCAUCGCCAAACAAAAUUACCAAAGUGAAAAAGUCUCUCAAUCACGAAAAAUUGUUGUUGCUGACAAGAUCGAACUUGUGCCGAAGAUCGAACUUCGAAUUGAGCCGAAAAAUCGACUUAGAGUCUAUUCCCAGAAGAAUUAAAGAUCGAACUUCGAAGGUCAAAAAAUUUCAGUUUCAACAACAGACAUGAAGAAGUACGUUAAUGAAGGUUGUUUGGAAUUUUGUCAAUGAGAGUUAAAAAGGGCAACCCGGUGCACUAAAGCUACCGCUAUGCGCGGUGUCCGGGGAAGGGCCCCACCACAAGGGUGUAUCGUACGCAGCCUUACCUUGCAUUUCUGCCAGAGGCUGUUUCCAAGGCUUGAACCUGUGACCUCCUGGUCACAUGACAGCAACUUUACCAGUUACUCCAAGGCUCGCCUUCAUUGCUAACUUUAUUGUCAAUAAGAGUUAAUUGCAGAUGAAUUUAUUGCUAACUUUUAUUACUUAAUGAUUAAUGACUAAGGAAAACAGAAUUUUCCUUAUCUGCAACAAUGUCAACGUGAUUUAAGGCCUAAAAAUAUGAGUUGUGUGUUAUGUAUCUGAUAAAAAACUUGUUUAGAGAUUUAGAAGGGAUUUUUGUAAUUAGUUUUGUGGGAUGGGAUUUGAAGUAAUAUAGGAUGCUUAAGGUGUUAUUUUAUGUAAUUUAUCCAAUUUUAUAUACCAGCCCAAAUAUUUUAGCCCAUUAACAAACCGUGUCUGGCCAGUGGCUACUAACCGUAACCGGCCCAAAUAUGGGCUUCAGCCUACAACUGUACAGCAGCCCACACCCAAAUCUAAAUCAAAAAUCCAAUUAUAAUUUGUAAAUUAGGUCAUAGUCAUACCGAAGCUUUAGUUUGCAAUUGCAGCUGCUCCUCACUCCUCAGCCGCCUUCAGCAAAAACUAGGUCAAAACUCAAAAACGAAGAACGAACGAAACGACGAAUGGGCGAAGGGAAUUAGUCACCGGUCUAACGAGAAACGGUAACGGCGGCGAACGAAGGAUUGCAAUGGACACUAUUAAACAAGAGAAAGUAAGGAGAUUUGAGGAGUUUGUUGAUCGCCGUCUGAAACCAGAUCUUGUUCACGCAAUUGCUCAACGGGACAAGGUGUUUGAACAGAAAAAGAUUUUCUCUGAUUUAAGAAUUAAUAUAGAGAAUUUGGAGAAGAACAGUGUAACUAAUCUGAAGACAUUGGUUAAUCUUGGCUCUGAAGUAUACAUGCAAGCUAACGUGCCAGAUGCAACACAUAUAUUUGUUGAUGUCGGACUUGGAUUUCAUGUGGAGUUCACUUGGUCGGAAGCUCUAAACUAUAUAUCAGCAAGGGAGGAGAAGAUAGCCAGGCAGAUAGAGGAAUAUACACGUCUAAUUGCAUCAAUUAAGGCCCAGAUCAAGAUGGUUUGUGAAGGGAUACGUGAGUUGCUCCAGCUUCCGGCAGAGCCAGCUUAUUAAGGUGUAUGUCUUAAAUUACUGAAAGAGGGGAUUUUCGAUACAAGAGACCCAAAAGUUGAAGAAUGAUGACAAGACAAUCUUCCAAUCCAUAAAAGGAGCUCCAUUAUGGGAUUUGUCACACCCCUUUUACAACCAAAAAGAAAUUAUUUUUUAUUGUUUGAAAGAGUUUUUAUUAUUAAAGUGACAAAAUGAAGAUUUUGUUUCGAAAAAGAUUAUUUACAUUUAAA